AGAAAGUGGAGUGACGCAGACUUAGCCACGGAGGAGUUUUUAAUGAAUUGGGCGCUCUCAGUGGAUACAUUCAGAGAGUGCGCACCUGCGUAAAAGACCGGCAGUGUCCGCAAUCGGCGAGCUACAAACCCUUUACCAAGUGUCAAGCGGUUCCUUCGUCCAAAACAGAGGAUCUUUUUUUUUGAAAACGUCUGAUUAUAACAAUGAGUGACAGUCCUGGUGGAUUACAAACUAUGAAGCGCUGUUUCCUCGCGUUCUCCUCUGAGCCACUGUGACCGUCGCGUCCAGACACCGAUACGCACCGUCUUCUGACACAUCUCUGCUUGUCGUCCUUCCGCGAGAAACAUGACAUUCAAAUUACUGCCUUAUGUCUUACUUCUGUCAGUCCUACAUAUCUGCUCUCUAACAAUGGAGUACGAGGAGGAGUACGAGGAUGUGACUGUGAACCAGAUGUUGGCUCCUAAAUCCCAGGAAACAGACGCCACGGAAAUACUCAAUAAUUUACUGAAAGAAUAUGAUAAGAAACUGCGACCGGAUAUUGGAGUAAAACCAACAGUUAUUGAUGUCGACAUAUUCGUGAACAGUAUUGGACCAGUGUCUUCAAUAAAUAUGGAAUACCAAAUUGACAUCAUCUUCGCCCAGACAUGGACAGACAGCCGCCUCAGAUACAACAGCACUAUGAAAAUACUGACUCUGAACAGCAAUAUGGUUGGACUUAUUUGGUUACCUGACACCAUCUUCAGAAACUCCAAGAAUGCAGAUUCCCACUGGAUUACAAUGCCUAACCAACUGCUCAGGAUAUGGAACGAUGGGAAGAUACUCUACACCUUAAGGUUGACGAUAAAUGCUGAGUGUCAGCUGCAGCUGCACAACUUCCCAAUGGACGAACACUCAUGUCCGCUGAUCUUCUCCAGCUAUGGAUACCCACGAGACGAGAUGAUUUACAAGUGGAGGAAGAACUCUGUGGAGGCAGCUGACCAAAAGUCGUGGCGUCUGUACCAGUUUGAUUUUAUGGGCCUGAGAAACACGACAGAUAUAAUCAAGACUACAGCAGGUGAUUAUGUGGUUAUGACGGUGUAUUUUGACCUGAGUAGAAGAAUGGGCUACUUCACCAUCCAGACCUACAUCCCCUGCAUCCUCACCGUGGUUCUGUCCUGGGUGUCCUUCUGGAUCAAAAAGGACGCCACUCCAGCCAGAACGGCUUUAGGCAUAACCACAGUUCUGACUAUGACCACCCUCAGUACUGUGGCCAGGACAUCACUACCCCGAGUGUCUUAUGUCACUGCUAUGGAUCUUUUCGUCACUGUUUGCUUCCUGUUUGUCUUUGCUGCCCUGAUGGAGUACGCAACGUUAAAUUACUACUCGUACAGCGUUCGAAGACCCAGCUGCUUGGAGCCUAAAAGACGGAACUACUCUGUCCUGGACGUGAGGCCUCCUUCGCACACAGUCAUCGCUUUAAACAAAUCCGUGUACUGGCAGGACUUUGAAGACGCUUGUGUCUACGAGUGCCUGGACGGAAAAGACUGCCAGAGCUUCUUCUGCUGCUUCGAGGAGUGUAAAGGAGGUGGGUGGAGAAGAGGACGCGUUCAUAUAGAUCUACUGGAACUGGACGCGUACUCCCGGGUUUUUUUUCCCACCUCCUUCUUGCUGUUCAACAUUGUCUACUGGGUAGGCUAUCUGUACCUUUAGGUGCCUGUUUGGUUUCAAAAGGGGGACAGAAGAGCUCAACACAGCAUAUUUAAUAUUAAUAAAAGGUAAUGCCAAAUAAACUCUUUCCUGCGGCUCCUGAAGCAGUGACCUGGAGAUAAAAGCAUCAAGAGGACAGUGCGCGUCUGCCUCCCUGGCGAUCAGGUAUGAGAAUACAAGACUAAAACGAUUCCCUACAUAUGCUGUACACUGCUGUUCAGUACAGGACGGACUGUGCGUUCAUGACGCUUUGGAGACAAAGAAGACGAGGCUUUGCACUUCUAUCCCAGACUUCUCCGUCAGGAGGAUGGCUUGUGUUGUGGGGAACUUUUAUUAUCCAGCCAUCAGUCAAAUCCAGUUGAUGAAAAUCCAAGGACGUUCAAACCAUUCAUAGUGCCUUCCUCUGGAGGGGUAGAUACUAUCUGCUACAAUAAUCAGGGAAUAAUAAUUUAUUAAAAUAAACAUAGCUGAGCCUGGCUUUGACUGAUUAUGGCUAUUCCCAUUCAGAGUCCUUAGUUACAUUUAUGAAACAGCCAUUAUUUGGAGCAACCACAUGAAGAAUCAUUAGAUUCGUAUCACUUCAUUAUGUCUUUUUAGCCAGUAACCAUGACUCAUCUUUCCUCCUCGUGACACUGUUAGUUCUCUGUACAGUGUAAUGAAUAAACUGGUUCCCUGGGAAGAAGAGAAGUCAAAUUAACCUUACAGCUGAGAUAAUGGCUUGUGCUUUAUUUACUUAAUUGUUCUUUAUAUUUUAUUUAUGCUUGUGUUCAUACAAGGACGAAUCUGUAACUGGGUGAUUCCAAGUGUACCCACUGGAGUAAGAGAGAGAUUAAAAUUAUUACAGGGGAUUUAGAAGCAACUGACUUAAGACAAGGCACUUCAGUAGAGAGCAACUGCAUGUACACACUUAAUAAAAGAAUCAUUUUCUUAUUCUUUCUUUUUUUAAAACAUUGUUAAUGUUAUGUACUGUAUAUGCACAAUAACUAGCAGCCUGUUAGUUCAUCUUAGCUGAAAUGACUGGAAACAGCUUGUAACCAGGCUCACCCCAAAUAUAAUGAAUUUUGUGUACCUGCUCAUUGGCCUUUUUAUGGACUUAUUUUACAUAUAUGUUAUCUUGCAGUUGUCCUGAGGUAACAUCAUCAUAUUUAGUGCACACGACUGUAUCUUCACAUCCAACUCUGGGCAAGAAAGCAAAGAAAAUAUCAAAAAACCCAGAUGAAUAAUUGAAUUGAAAUGCAGCGUUUGUUGAUUUAUAUGAGGUGUACAUAUGAAGCUGCAUUUAUUUAUUAAACCGUGGAAGGAAGGAUCCUAAAUCCUGGGUUACAUAAAUUUGCAGAUGGUAGACAUUACUAAGCAGUUUGCUAUGUCUACCAGCUGCAUUGUCGUAGAAUGGGGUCCCAGAGAUGAAACACCCAGUGAGCAAAGGCAGCCGUGCCUUUGCUCUUGUAAUGCAAGUGUUAUUUUUCUACAUGUUGCACAUAUUCACACCGUGUAUUGGCUUCGCACAGCAGCCGCUUCUUAACAGAGCUCACGCACGACAUGAAAUGACUGCAAAGAGUUGUGUUUGUUCUUUUCACUGUUAAACUAAUGCCCAAAAUAAAUAUAAUGGGCGUCAUUUCUGCAUUUCCGUAGGCACAGGCAUAAUAGUCCCACUUAUUAGGAUCACUCAUCUCUGUGACUCUAAGUUGCAUGCAAUAGACAAUUGACCAUUACCCUGAAGAUGUUGUGAUACGUUUGGAGGUAGAUUCUAGUUUUAACAUGAACUGUUUGAAUCAUAAUUUGAUUUCCCUCUAUUCAGCGCUGGCAUUAGCAACUAUUGAAUUGCCUUAGUGUAGCCCACCGACAGCUGAGAUUAACACCAGAAAUGUAUAUUUACCUCUGAUAAUAACCUCAGCAUGUUGAGUCAAGUCCUCACUGCCUUGGGCAGUACUUAAGUAAAACUUUUUGUGUUCAUUUUUGAGCUGUUUUUUGUUCUUCUUCUUCUAUUUGCUAUGUAUGUGCCAAGUAUUUCACGUCUGUGCCCUGUUAUUUUUGUUUUCAAGCAAGUAUGAACAGCCCUAACUUGGUCAUAUUAAUAUGUUUUGACUGUGAGUGCACAUACAGUCAAUGUUGGGAACUUUAAGAAAAGAAAGAAAAAUACAUGUUGAGUAUAUAUGAUAAUGGUUUUUGAGUUGCAGAGUAUUUAGCGUGUACCAGGUUCGAUGAUGAAGGUUCAUUGUGGCAGAAUGCAGCAACUUGUUCUGCAACCUGCUCAACAUUUCUCCUCAAAAAACACAAAACAUCAGAUUGUUUCAUUCCUUUCUUUGAUAUUUAUACCAGUCAUUUUCUUAGCCACUAUAGGACAGGCUUUUUUAGGACAUGUUUGUUUUGCAGAGCUUGUGGAUUUCUGAUUUAAUAAUCUGUGCUGCCCAGAUGAUAGCGUUCUCACCCCUUUCUUCUGAUGGAUGAAGAGCAAUGCAAUAAUGUAUUGUGAGUGGUGCUACUAUUAAUACUUGCCAAUAAUGCAUUACCAUGUGAGAAUAAGUGCAAAGAUCAUACAUAUACAGUACAAACAUGUAGGCCUCAUUGCUAAUUGUUGUGGGGAAUGUUCGCUUGUAUCAAACAGCUAACUGAAAACUAGUUUACCUUCACCAGCUGAGCAACUAGGAUGCACGCAUUUGUAAAUUUGUAUCAUGCCAAAUGGGCCCUGACUGUCUAAUAAUCUGUAUUAUCAGGCAAUAGUGUCUAAAGCAGCAAUAGGCACAAGAAGGUUAUAACACUUAACUCGCUAAGACUAAGAAGUAAACGUUGAGAGUUAUUGGGAACAAGGCUGUCUUUGAGAACUUGCAAAUUUCAUACUUUUAUCUCUAAUAUUGUAUCUUUAAAUAGUCUCAUGUCACAUGGCAUAAGGAGUUAUAUCUUUACAUCACAUUAGCUAGGAUUGGCUACCUAGCCAACUACAAAUCUAAUCACUCUUUCCCGCCAUAUUGGUUGUGGUUUAGCUUUAACAUAAGCAUAUCUAAAACAAAGCUAAGACAAAGGCAGCUGGAUGUGCUUGAAGUUUUUCGAUGACUCAUUUUAGUGCCACGGCUAAUGCUUCACACAUAAACACCUGACAGACCAAUCGAAUCGCUUUGCCCAUCUUAAUGUGAGGAUGAACAGAAGAUCAACACCAACAUAGUCGUCCAUGUCAUCUGAGCACAGUGGAGUUAAAUUUUAUUUAACCUUUAUUUAACCAGAUAAAAACCCAUUGAGAUCAGGAUCUCUUUCACAAAGAUGACCUGGCCAAGAGGUCAGCAGCACAUGUCUUAAGGACUGUCAAUGUGUCUACAGCAAGUUGUGCUGGCUCUGAUCAGUUGUAGGACCAUCCAGAGUCCUACUAGUGCAGAAACAUUUUUAUUCUCUGUCAGUUGAUGACAACCAAAUCCCAAGUUAUCAGACUCAUAUUCAGUAAUAGAAUCUGGCUCAGAACUGAGUCUGGAUACAACAGACCUCCACGUUGUCACCUUAGUCCUUAGUCCUGUGAGCAAAAAACUCCCAUUGCCCUUGCUUUAGCUUUGUCUCAGAUAGAAUCUUCACAGACAACAUUACCAUUAUUAAUGAAAUUGGAAUUCAGUAGAUUAAUAUUGCAGACUGAAAAAACGGAUAUUCUAAUAACACAGUUGAGGAAAUGAUGUUCUUAUAAUUCCCAAAUGUCCACAGUGAUGUGCAAGUAUUUAAUUCAGAGCAGCUGUUAGAUGGCAUGACAUCCAUCCUAUUUAAAAUGGUGAAAUAAUUCAUCAAGAUAAAUUGAAUACUUGAAUGGACAUCUGUGUACUUCAACAAGACACCAGCAGCCAAGGGGGAAUCAAGCUGUUAAAGGCUUCCCCUCUGGGAAGCUUUCCAUGUUGCAGGUAUGAAGCUAGCAUGAAGUUCAAAGUCAAAGUAAGUAAGUCAAAGGAUUUUAAUAAUUAUGGUGAAAGAUCUGGACAAAAUGAUUUCAAUGUGCCUUUUUAAAUGACACAACUGAUUUUCCAGUGUCUGUCCUCACUACUUCAUGUGCCAUUUGAAGUUCAAAAAGCCUAAUUUCCACCCUCAUCCUCAUAUUUGUUGCAGAUUUUCCAAACUGAUUCUCCAACUGGCCUAUCCGCAUCUUUCCAAACACUGGGAAAGCAAAGAGGGUAAACACAGGAAGGGGUUCUGGCUGGGAUUUGAUCCUCAGCCUGUAUGUGUAUGUGUGUUGGACCAGUGAACCAGCUCUGGACACUGUGUCGUUUGUGCCAAGGAUGAGCACUGACAGGAAACUCAUCUGUCUGUCAGUGACGUGCUGUGUAAACCUCUUGCAAAGAAAGUUGUGUGUUCUUGUGAUCUGGAAAAUUUUGUCACAUAAACACGGUAUUAGUUAAGUUUUGAUGACAUAAAGUACAAUAAACUGAGUGCAAAUAAUGCACUGAAUCUAAGCCACAUUCAUCGCGUGUUAAUAAGCCAAAGACAUGCCUGUUUCUGAGUUUAUUCUCUGAUAACUGAGGCCAUGUUGAGGAAGUUGCUGUGUUUUGGGUUCUCGAAGAAAAAAAAAGUUUCCAUGUAUGCGGUGCAGUACUGUGAAGUGUCAUUUGAAUGGAAUCUAUGGGCGUAACAGAAAUAAUUAGCCUAGAAGUGCUCUAAGGUGGUUUGUGUCACUUGCCAAUCCAUCCACUGUUGUAUUAUUUGCAGCCGAAAACACAACUGCUGCUCCUGUUUGUGCCGAAGAGGCUUUUAACAAGCGUUUCUGUAGAUGGACGCAGCGUUUUCAUUCAGGCUUUCAUUGUACUAAACUCUGGCUAUUUGCAGUGACUUUCAGUGCUCAGUCUCAAUUCUGUUGACAUGUAUCCCCUCCUAUAUAACUUGCUGUAUACGCAAUUCAAUUGUGCCCUUUUUCCUGCUUUGUGUUUUCAUAUUUGUGAAUGGUACAGUUAAGUGCAGGUGUUGAGAUUGUACUCCUCAGCGGCGUGGUGUCCUGUAAGUGGGGUUCUUUUCAUCACACUUCUCCUCUGGCUCAAGCAUCUACAAUGCAUUUGCAAUGAUCACGCUAGUUUCAUACAUAUGGUUCUUUUUAUAUCUGAAAUGUGCAUUACUACUAAGCCCAGACAAUAUAGAAUAAAGUUUUUUUCAUAAAUGUC